UCGGACAAGUCUCCGUCUUUCCAAACGGCCACUUUCUUUCCCCUUCCGCGCAUCCGCACGACAAAUAUCCUCCUCCUGAGUCUUGCCUCGGCGUGGUCGCGGGCGGAGAUCCGGGAGCGGGAGAGAUGGCCAAGGGCGGCGGCGGCGGAGCGGCGCUGCUCCCGGUUUCCGCGGACGCGGGGAAGGGGGACGGCGAGCCCGAGCUCUUCAAGGGCUCCGCCAUGACCCGACGCGGCGCGGUCGCCGCGCUCUCCUACAUGUCCUGCUCCGUUUUGCUGGUGAUGUUUAAUAAGGCAGCUCUAUCUUCUUAUAAGUUCCCUUGCGCGAACGUCAUUACACUCCUUCAGAUGGUGUGCUCAACAUGCCUACUUUAUGUUCUGAGACGGUUAAAGAUUAUUUCCUUCACAAAUAGUGAACCAUCAGUGCCUUCUGAUUCACUAUUCUUCGUGCCGUUCAGAAUAUUGUUGCGUACUUCACCUCUUUCAUUGUCUUACUUACUCUACAUGCUAGCUUCAAUGGAAUCUGUGCGUGGAGUAAAUGUUCCUAUGUAUACAACUCUAAGGCGCACAACAGUAGCAUUUACAAUGAUCAUGGAGUAUUUCUUGGCAAAGCAGAAGCACACCCCACCUAUAAUCGGCAGUGUGGCCUUGAUUGUAUUUGGAGCGUUUAUCGCUGGUGCUCGAGACUUAUCGUUUGAUGCUCGUGGGUAUGCCAUUGUCUUCGUCGCCAAUAUAACUACAGCUGUUUAUCUUGCAACGAUAAAUCGUAUUGGAAAAUCUAGUGGCCUGAAUAGCUUUGGCCUGAUGUGGUGCAAUGGACUUGUUUGUGGACCUUGUGUACUGUUCUUGACGUAUAUUCAGGGUGACCUCAAGCGGACUGUUGAAUUUCCGUACCUUUAUUCUCCAGGGUUCCAGGUGGUGUUGCUAUUUUCAUGUAUGCUAGCGUUUCUUCUAAACUACACCAUCUUCUGGAACACAAUCCUGAAUUCUGCACUCACACAAUCAAUGUGUGGCAAUUUGAAGGAUUUCUUUACUGUUGGACUUGGCUGGGCAUUAUUUGGUGGGCUUCCUUUUGAUCUGCUUAAUGUCAUUGGCCAAGGGCUUGGAUUCUUUGGCUCUGGCAUGUACGCCUACUGCAAGAUCAAAGGAAAGUAGAUAUUAACGUCCACCAGAUCAAAGUGAAGUAGAUACUGAUAUUGGCAGUAUGGCUUAACCGAAGUAGUGUUCAUCAUGCUGUUUGCUCCCUGCCUAUGGGAGAGAAAUUUUGUAGGUUUUCAUGUGUGUGCAUUUAUGGACUCCAGUUGUCCUGGGUAGAACAUGAAUGAACAGCCAUUAAUUGGCCAAGGAAAUAGAAUACAACAAGAUUUCAGCA